AUGAAGUGGCUCCUUGCUCUCCUCCCUCUCGCGGCUGCGGCCCCUGCGCUUCCCAACAUCGAGCUUGGUGAUGCCCCGCCACCUGGUCAGGUCAAGAUCCGCGGUGUCAGCUAUGGAGGAACUGGUUGUCCCCAGGGCACUAUGAGCUCCCAGAUCAAUGCAGACAGAACCAUCAUGACCCUCAUUUUUGACUCGUACAUUGCGUCUAUCGGCCCCGGUAUUCCCGUCACGGAGCAGCGCAAGAACUGCCAGCUGAACGUCGACAUCCAAUACCCAGGAGGCUUCCAGUAUUCCAUCCUCUCUGCCGACUACCGUGGCUACUCUGCAAUCCAGAAGGGUGUAUCUGGUACUCUCAAGUCGACCUACUAUUUCUCUGGUCAGACUGAGCAGACCAGCACUCAAUACCAAUUCGACGGCCCCACGAACGGCGACUACCUCAAGCACGACGAGGCUGACAGCACCUCAGUCGUUUGGGCGCCAUGUGGUACCAACGGCAUGCUCAACAUCAACUCGCAGGUCCGCUUGACCUCCACCAACACCAGCGCCACUGGUCUCCUCACCACCGACUCAACCGAUCUCAAGUUUACCCAAGUUGUGUACGUCCAGUGGCAGAAGUGCACACCGCCAAAGCAGUAG